GCGAAAGAGGGUAAAAAAAUACCCACACCGCUGCUCCCAUCCUUGAGCCGUAUGCAGUAAUCUCGGAAUUGCUUUCCGCUAAAUUACAAGCCUCUGAAAACCGCAAGAGAUUGAUAUCAGAUGCAUUUAGCCAUUUAACCAUCCCUUCUUGGAUUCAGAUGCAUCCGUAAUGAACAUACGUAUUUGUACAUAUCGUCUCCAGGAGAUCCUACAGAUUUAACAAAUUCUUCCUGCUUCACGGCUUCCACAAAUGGAUUCCAUAAACGAGUCUUUGGGCUUUGAGGAUCCAAGGCAUAUUACCCUUUAUAAUGAGUCGCUGUUCCAAAACAACUUCAGUGACUUCAACGAAACGGACGACGACCUGUUUCCGCGCAGCGUGAGGAUCACCAUCGCACUGGUCUACAUGAUCGUGUGCACGGUGGGACUUGUGGGGAACUGCUUAGUGAUGUAUGUCAUUAUCAGGUACACUAAGAUGAAAACAGCCACCAAUAUCUACAUCUUUAACCUGGCUUUGGCUGAUGCACUGGUCCUGGCUACACUCCCUUUCCAGGGCACAGAUGUGUUUCUAGGUUUCUGGCCCUUUGGCAAUACCUUGUGCAAGGCAGUGGUUUCCAUCGACUACUACAACAUGUUCACUAGUGUCUUCACCCUUACUGUAAUGAGCAUGGACCGUUAUGUGGCUGUGUGUCAUCCUGUCAAAGCCCUGGAUAUGAGGACACCCCACAAGGCCAAGGUGGUUAACAUAUGUGUGUGGCUAUUGGCCUCUGCCAUUGGGGUGCCAGCCAUGGUGCUUGGAGAUGUUGAGGAUGACCAUGGAAUCGAGUGUAUCUUGGUCCUUCCAGAACCUCGCAGUUAUUGGGACCCAGUGUUCGGCACAUGUGUGUUCCUGCUCUCCUUCCUAAUUCCAGUGGCCAUUAUUAGUGUGUGUUAUAGCCUGAUGGUGAAGCGCCUGCGCAAUGUGCGUAUUUUGUCUGGUUCCAAGGAAAAGGAUCGCAACCUACGGCGCAUAACGCGCAUGGUGUUGGUGGUGGUGGCAGCAUUUGUGGUGUGUUGGACACCCAUCCAGAUUAUGGCACUUGCACAGUCACUGGGUGUCAACCUGGGCAGUGUGCACACUGUGGUGCUCAUGCACUUCUGCAUUGCACUUGGCUAUGUCAAUAGCAGCCUAAAUCCAGUACUCUAUGCUUUUCUGGAUGAGAACUUUAAGCGCUGCUUCCGUGAAUUCUGCCAACCACCAUCACCUUUCAGCCUGCAUGCGCAGCAGCAGUCGGGCCGCAUGCACAGCGUGGCACGAGAUGUUGCUUACAACUGCAAAACUACAGAGGCAAACAGUAAUGCUGCAUGACUAGGCGUGGAGCUGCCCCUGGUCAGCCCAGAACAGCCACCAAAUCCAGGGACAGGACACUCUAAUUCAGAGCUCACUCAGAUCACCGUUCUCUAGCACUGUCUAGGUAUGGAGGAAUGGAAAGUACAAGGACCCAGGGUGAGGUCAAAAUAAUGACACACCUAAUCUUGGGGGCAAAGGGGCUCACUUUUUAAUCUUGUGCAGAUUAGAUAUUAACAUCUUCAUUUUUUGCUUGAUUUUUAAAAAGAAAUCCCUGUCACUUGCUGGUAACACAAAAGAGAUGCUUUUGAGUAUUGUCAGCAUUUAGUGUUUAUUUCAAUGGGACUACUUGCCUUAAAUAGAUUAUAAACUGUCUUAAAGUCAAGUCGAAGCCUGAGUGACAUCGAUGGAGCUUAUCUCACAUGCUUUUAAACUUGUUACCUUCAGAUUUAACCACAUUCCAUUUAAAACAUAAAACAGAGACUUCUCUGUUAAAGUCAGUUGUAUAUUUAUUUAAAAAUGCUAUGUUGAAAAGCCUGUUUUUCCUGCAACAAAAGAAAAAAAAUCUUUGGCAGUAUUAUGCUCUAGCAUAAUUUGUAUAGAAGGAAAAAUUAUAGUGCAUUUAGUGUUAUAUUAAUCGGUGCAUACAAUGAAGUUAAUUAGCAUGAGUCCUAGUAUUUUUACUGUCAUCUGUCAAUCAUACCUCUGAUAUUCUUGAAUGUUUUGAGUGUACCCAGCAUCUUGGUUCGCUACCUCGUGUCAUGGUGAGUCAGAAACAAGAAGUAAGCUUUCUCAUCAGUUUACAUCAAUGACCACUGAAUGUCAAAUGACUUUUUAAAGAAGCCAAAAAAAGUUAUAAAAAGGAAGAAAUGUUCUCUGAACAGUAGUCUAGAAAAGACACUGUAAGAGUUUUUUCAUGUACGCUGUACUUAAUGUUGUAAUGAUUUGUUCACUUGCUGAAAUGUAUUGGUUUACUUAGUUACUUCUGGAAUUAUUUAUUAAUCAAGCAAAUUGUUGAACAAACAAAUGCUGAUGAAAUUGUCAUGUACGUUAUCACUAUGGAGUCUAAACAGUUACUAUAUUCUGAG